AUGGAGGAGGUGAAGAAGGAAGUGUAUUCGGUGUGGGCAUUGCCGGAUGAGGAAACGGAGCCACGAUUCCGAAAGCUAAUGGAAGCUCUAGGAUCCGAAUUCUCUGGCCCGAGAUUUGAUCCUCACGUCACCGUCGUCGGAGCCGUAAAUCUGACGGCAGACGAAGCGAAGAAGAUGUUUGAAGCAACUUGCGACGGUCUGAAAUCUUACACCGCCACCGUCGAUCGCGUCGCCACCGGAACUUUCUUCUACCAAUGCGUUUUCUUGCUUCUCCAAUCCACCCCAGAGGUAAUGAAAGCUGGUGAACACUGUAAGAACCAUUUCCAGUGCUCCACCACCACACCUUACAUGCCGCAUUUGAGCCUGCUUUACGCCGAGUUAACAGAAGAUGAGAAGAAGAAAGCUCAGGAGAGAGCUAACGCACUUGAUAACACCCUCGAUGGGCUUAGUUUCCGGAUCAACCGACUCGCGCUCUGCAAAACUGAUACCGAAGACAAGACUCUAGAGUCAUGGGAGAAAGUGGCUGUUUGCAAUCUCAGUCCUUAA